AAUUGGUCUUAGAUAGGCAAAAUGAUUUAAAAAGCUGUAAAAAAAAUGGCAAACGUGAAAGAAACCAAAUCAGCUGAAACUCAAACAAGCAGUGAUGGUUCGCUAAUAACUGAAUUGGAAUUGUCCAAGAUAGUUCGUCUCAAUGUCGGAGGAAAACUUUUCGUGACUUCAGCGCAGACGUUGAGAAAUACAAAGACUGAUAGUUUUCUGUCGAGAAUUAUUUCAGAUGGACUGCCCUCGACACGUGAUGAGAAUGGGGCAAUUUUUGUUGAUCGCUGUCCUAUUCUAUUUGAAAAAAUCCUCGCCUUUCUGAGGACGAAACGCAUCCGGCUAAAUGGGGUUGAUAUUGAUGAUAUGCUAAAUGAAGCCGAUUUCUACGGCGUUCAACCUUUAAUGGAUCGACUUAAAGUAUGCAAGCAGCUAAAAAGUUCAACGUGUGGAAACUUAGCGUUCUGUGGUAUAAUACCACCAAUGGAAAACAACUUUCCCAUUAAUGAUUGGACUGAUACGGAAGAUUUGGCGCCAAGGUCCAGAAAUGAAGAAGUUUUAGCACUUUGUGCUACAGAUAAAUGGAUAGCUGUUGCAUACGCAUCAAAAAUAGCCUGUUACUCAACUCGGCAAUUCAGCGGCGAGGCUUGUCCGAAUAAUACAUUUGUGACUUGGCUGCAGCCAAUUCCCGAUGGCAAACCUUCUUUCCUCGCUCUUAAGAGUUUAAAACAGUCAUCGCGAGAAGAAAGGUCAGAACAAUUGAUAGUUGCAUGUGUGACUAACCAAUGGGAUCUUCUGAUUUGGAAACAGUCUGUAGAUUUGGACAGCACCCAAAUUAGUCCAGUUUCCUUUGUAGGAAAGUUCUCACUUUUUCCGAAUGUAACGGCGCUUGUUUUCGCCGGUCGACGUCAAGUUGUGACUUUAAAUAAUGAAGGGUCCUUCGCUGUUUGGCAUUACUCCCGGGACUUCCAGCAGCAGAAGGUAGAGCCAAUUUCUAGUUUCGACGAAUGUGGACCAAUGAUGUUUUUCGGCCAUAAGAACGGAAUCAUUCGGUAUUUCAACGCCGAAACUUUACCUGUAAGGCUGGAGGACAAUAAGAUAAUACUGACUGAUCUUUAUCAUGAUCAAGAAAAUGACGCGAUCACAGCUUUGAAUGUUCGAUUGGCGACAAGCAACAACGUUAUUGAUCUGGGUGCUAUGGAAAACCAGUUUUACUUCGAGAUAGCCUAUGGAACUGCUAGUGGCCGAGUCAAAUUGAUUUCAGAACAUGCUGAAACGAUAGGACAAGGACCCCAGCUUCUAUUUAGUUUCGCAGUCCAUAGAUCUCCUGUGAUUAAAAUCCUUCUUGCUGAAAAUCAUUUGAUCUCAAAUUGUGCCGACUUUAACCAUGUCAGAUGCUGGCAAGUCAGCAGGUUUAGAGGACUCCUGUCUAAAAACCCUCUACCGAUGCCUUUGACUAGUUUCAAGAUGUUGCACCUGGAGCCAAAUUUUUCGAGUCACGAUUACGUCGCGGCUAACCCUAUAGGCCCUCAUAUGUUGUCAGGUUCUCAAGUUUGGUAUCUACAAAAAAUAACACCCGAGGCGACGGAAAUGUUUGUUAUUUCGGCAAUGACCGGAGAAUGCGUGCAUAAGAUAGAAUCGGUUGAUAGUAGUCCGAUAAACUGUUUUUCCAUUACGGAAGAGUGGCGACGAGUUGGAGAUCCUACUCAGUAUGUUUUCACUGGACAUAAAAAUGGGACCAUACAAGUAUGGAAUCUGGCGGCGAUGAGACCUAAUACGAGCCAUAACAAUGUCCAUAACCCAAUUGGAGACCCGUAUUCUCUCGUUUCGUCCAAUUUGAAUUCUCAACUUAAUUACAAUAGAGAAUCAAUGAUUAACUGUACUGGAGACAUGCAACAUCAAGUCAGGGCAAUCAAAAAUCCGAGGUCAUUUUAUCCUACUGUGCCAAAUGAAUUGUACCCACAAAGGACAAAUCACCCAACUAUUGACGACAUUUUGAAAAUGUUGGACAACUAUGACUUAUCUCAGGAAGAACCUUGAAUGUCACUUUAUUCAAUUUUUAUAUUUUUUGAAAAUAGAUCUAAGGUGAAUACUCUAAAAAUGAUCAUAUUUUUCUGGAUAGUUUAUCCAGCUGAAUGUAGCUUAACCUAAUAGUAUUACAAUUUCGAAUUAACUUGAAGGCUAUGUUAUUGCAAUGAGCAAUUUACUUAGAUUUACGAAACACGUCAUUUUCUUGGUGCUAUGACGUAAGCCGUAACAUCAUAAUACUUUGAUAUACGGACUCUUUGUGAAGUUCUUUAACUUGAAAUCCGCGGAACAUGACAUGUAAUAGUUGGAAUAUACAAUGUGGAAAUAUUAAAUAUAAUUUAUAGUUAGUUUUGCA